GUGUCCCUUUCAGGCACUUAGGAGUGGGAUGGAGAGAGGUUUCUCCCCUCCUCCUUUUUCAUGUUAAAGUUCUACAAAACAUCCUGCUGGGUUUGGCUUGCUUUUGGUUUGCUGUUCAAUCUUGGAGAGCCAGCUUCUGUUCUGGCUGCAAGUGCAUUUCAGCCAAGUGUUGUUGGGACUCGCCUCUCCAGGCGUAACUGGACUCUCUGAGCUGGAUUCUCUAAACAGACAUGGAUUUAUAGAAUAACUCCCACCGUGGAAGGGGGAGAAAGGAGAAAACUCUGAUGGAGAAGGAGGGAGUCAUGUUCCUUGCAAGAAGAUAUCAGAUCCCUUCUCUCUUGAUACUUUUGCUACUUCUGUGGGGCGGAGAGAACACUCAGGCUCAAAGAGCAGGUUGUAAGAAUGUUCACUACGAUCUCAUCUUCAUCUUGGAUACCUCCUCCAGUGUGGGCAAAGAGGACUUUGAGAAGGUUCGCCAAUGGGUAGCUAAUUUAGUAGACACCUUUGAGGUUGGACCAGACAAAACUCGCGUUGGUGUCAUCCGCUAUAGUGAUAGACCAACCACUGAGUUUGACCUUGGAAGAUACCAAACUUGGGAAGAAAUCAAGGAGGCUGCAAAGAACAUCAAAUAUUAUGGAGGCAAUACAAACACGGGUGAUGCCUUGAGGUACAUUAAUAGAUACAGCUUUUCUGCAGAGGCUGGUGGAAGGCCAAGUGACAGCGCUAUCAAAAAAGUAGCUAUCCUUCUAACUGAUGGUCGGAGCCAGGAUUACGUCUUGGAUCCAGCCACUGCAGCACAUAAAGCAGGAAUCAGGAUCUUUGCUGUGGGUGUUGGAGAGGCACUUAAAGAAGAACUGGAUGAGAUGGCAUCUGAGCCUAAAUCUGCCCAUGUCUUCCAUGUGUCUGAUUACAAUGCCAUUGAUAAGAUUCGUGGAAAGCUGAGGAGGAGGCUUUGUGAGAAUGUGCUGUGUCCAAGUGUCCAUGUGGAAGGAGAUAGAUUCAAACACACCAAUGGAGAAACAGAUGAUAUUCCAGGAUUUGACCUGAUGGAACAAUUCAGUGUCCGGGAGAUAUUUGGAAUGAAGGACAAUGGAAUCCACAGCUCUUACGUGCGGCUUGGGAGCUUCCCCAUUGUGCAGAAAACAGAAGAUGUCUUCCCACAAGGCCUUCCUGAUGAAUAUGCCUUUGUGACCACUUUCAAGUUCCGCAAGGCUUCCAGGCGAGAAGACUGGUACAUUUGGCAAAUCAUUGACAAAUAUGGCAUACCUCAGGUCUCUAUCCGACUGGAUGGUGAAAACAAGGCCUUGGAGUAUAAUGCUGUUGGACUCACCAAGGAUGCAGUCAGAGUGGUCUUUAGAAAUGGCCGUGUUAGUGACCUGUUUGACCGCAACUGGCAUAAAAUUGCUUUGAGCAUCCAGUCCCAAAGUGUCUCCCUGUACAUUGACUGCAAAUUGGUUCAAACAUUGCCUAUUGAAGACCGGGAAAACAUUGACAUCCAAGGAAAGACAGUGAUUGGCAAACGCCUAUAUGACAGUGUACCAAUUGAUUUUGACCUUCAGCGGAUGGUUAUCUACUGUGAUUCACGACAUGCUGAACUGGAAACCUGCUGUGAUAUUCCUUCUGGGCCCUGCCAAGUGACCGUGAUUACGGAACCUCCUCUUCCUGUAGUUACUCCCACUCCUGGUAGCGAACAGGUUGGACCCAUCAAGACUGUCAACUGUUCUUGUCCAGCAGGAGAAAAGGGUGAAAGAGGCUUGCCGGGUUUUGAAGGUUUGAGAGGCCAAAAGGGAGAAGUUGGAUCAGCUGGACUUCCUGGCCCAAAGGGAGAAAAAGGAGAACCAGGUGGAGGAGGAUUUGGCCGAGGAGAAAAGGGAGAAAAGGGUGAAAGGGGACUCCAAGGAUUACCUGGGCUGAUGGGAGAAAGAGGAGAAAAGGGCUCUCUUGGUGCACCUGGCAUCCCAGGGAGAGAUGGCACCAAAGGAACAACUGGAGAGCCAGGUCUUCCUGGAGCAGUUGGACUCCCUGGGCCUCCUGGAUUGAAGGGGACAGAUGGUCAGCCAGGUCCCCCUGGCCGCCAAGGUUAUGUUGGAGCACCUGGUCUUCAGGGAGAAAGAGGAGAAAAGGGACCCAAGGGAGAAAAGGGGGAACCAGGUCUUGAUGGUUUUCCUGGAAAACCUGGUGUGGAUGGUAAACAGGGCAUCAAAGGAAGUCCAGGCCAACCUGGUCUCAUGGGACCCAGAGGAGAAAAGGGUGAAAUAGGACCUCCAGGAAAACCUGGUUCAGCGGUGCAGACUGAAGGUUUAAAAGGAGAGCAGGGAGCUCCUGGCCCUCGAGGAGCAAUAGGACCUCCUGGAACACCAGGCAGCCCCGGACCUCCAGGACCAGAGGGCAAGCCAGGACUUCCUGGAUUGCAAGGUCAAAGGGGCAAGAAAGGUGAGCUUGGUCUCCCAGGAAUUGAUGGAUUGGCAGGACCUCCGGGUCCACCAGGUCCUCCUGGAGUUGCUGGUCCUGCUGGUCCUGCUGGCUCUCCAGGGUUACCUGGAGAAAUAGGAAGAAACGGACAGCCUGGACCACCUGGUUUACCUGGAAAACCUGGCCUGGAAGGUUUACCUGGACUUCCUGGUUCAAAAGGAGAGCCAGGAGAGAGAGGAGAAGAUGGUUUCCCUGGUAAAAUGGGCCUCAAGGGUGAAACUGGAGAGCCUGGCCGGCCUGGUAUUACGGGUGAGAGGGGUGACGCUGGACUUCCAGGCCCAUCUGGUUUGCCAGGGCUGAGAGGAGAAAAAGGAGAUCAGGGUGAAAAAGGAAGAGCUGGCCUUCCUGGCUUCAAAGGAGAAAGAGGUGACAAGGGUGAUGCUGGUUCUCCUGGCCCACCAGGCUUACCGGGAACAACCACAUUGGUUACACCUCAUCCUAGGAUACCUGGUGAACAAGGGCCAAAAGGUGACCGAGGAGAAAGAGGUGAACCCGGAGGAUCGGGAAUUCCAGGCAAACAGGGACCACCUGGAUUUGCAGGGCAGCAGGGUCUGAAAGGACAAGAAGGAGCCAUAGGACCACCUGGAGUCCCAGGAGAGGCUGGUGCUCCUGGACCUGCAGGCCCUCCUGGCCCACGAGGCCUUCCUGGAAAUGUGGGUAUACCUGGUGAUCCUGGCCGACCAGGAAAUGAUGGGCUAAAAGGAGAAAAGGGAGAUCCUGGAAAGGAAGGGAAACCAGGAAUCCCUGGGCCUAGAGGUGAGACAGGACCUGUCGGAGAACCUGGAGCGCCUGGCAAGGGUCGAGAUGGAGAAAGGGGUGAAAGAGGACCACCAGGAUUAUCUGGACCCUAUGGACCCAAGGGAGAUAGAGGUUCUCCAGGUGUUCCAGGACAGCCAGGAGACAGAGGCGUGCCAGGCAUUGGACUUGCUGGACCACCUGGACCUGUUGGACCACCUGGAGAUAAAGGGCCUACGGGCCCCCGUGGUUUGCCAGGCAUGCAAGGCCCACCUGGACAAUCAGGACAAGAUGGUUUACCAGGAAAUCCAGGUGAAAGAGGGCCUCCAGGAAAGCCGGGUGCAUCUCCCCUCCUUUCACCUGGUGAUAUCAGCCUACUGGUUAAGGAUGUUUGUAGUGACUGUCCUCCUGGACCUCCUGGGCUUCCUGGGAUGCCUGGAUUCAAAGGUGAUAGAGGCCUCCCAGGCCCACUGGGUACUGAAGGCCCAGUUGGAAAGACGGGGGAGGCUGGACCCAGAGGUCACCCUGGCCCACCAGGUUUGGAAGGUCCCAAGGGUCCUAAAGGGGAUCGUGGGUCAUCUGGUGAGGUUGGACUGAAGGGUGAGCAGGGCCAUCCUGGAAUACCUGGCUUCAUGGGUCCACCUGGAAAUCCAGGUCCACCUGGAUCAGAGGGCUCCCCAGGACAAAUGGGACCACCAGGAAAUCCUGGAGAAAUAGGUAAAGAAGGGCCACCAGGACCUCAGGGGCCACCAGGAUUGCCAGGACUUGUGGGUAUCUCUGGGAAGGAUGGCAAAGAUGGCAAGCCAGGACCAGCUGGAGAACCAGGCAAGCCAGGAGAACCUGGACUCCCAGGGCCAGAGGGAGGGAGGGGCCCACCGGGUUUUAAGGGACCCAGAGGAGAUGCAGGGGCCCCUGGCUCAAGAGGAGAACCAGGCCAACCAGGAACCCCUGGCCGGGAGGGACAAUCUGGAAAAGAUGGAGAUCCAGGUCCUGCAGGCCCUCAAGGACCACGAGGACUCAGAGGACUUUCAGGCAAGAAUGGGCCACCAGGACCACCAGGAGAGACUGGCCCUUCAGGUAACCCAGGUCCAAAAGGAAGCAAAGGUGAAACAGGCAGCCCAGGACUUCCUGGAUUCAUUGGCCCACGUGGACCCCCUGGAGAAGCUGGUGAAAAGGGCCCUCCAGGGAAAGAGGGCUCUCCAGGGAAACCAGGUGAACUUGGAGUCAAAGGUGACAGAGGAGAUCCUGGAACAAAAGGUGAAAAAGGACCUGCAGGAGAAAAAGGCCCACCUGGAGAACCUGGACUUCCAGGUCGGAAAGGACACACUGGAUUAAUGGGUCCACCGGGACCUUCAGGAGAUACAGGGCAGACUGGACCCCCUGGUCCUCCAGGACAACCUGGAUUUCAAGGGCCUAGGGGGGAUUCUCCAUCAAUGGAAACGUUGCGAAGACUUAUCCAGGAAGAGCUAGGAAAACAACUUGAUGCCAGGCUGCCCUAUCUCAUGAGUCAGAUGCAACCAGCACAUGUCAAAGCACCUCAAGGUAGGCCAGGACCUCCAGGAUCACCAGGAAAGGAAGGUCCCCCAGGCAGAGCUGGACCCCCAGGAGAACCUGGUAGACCUGGACAGCCAGGUUCUGAAGGACCUGUAGGACCGAUGGGACCGAAAGGUGAAAGAGGAGACAAAGGAGAAAAAGGAGAUGCAGGCAUUGGUCAACGGGGUGAAAAAGGUCCCCCAGGAAUACCAGGUGUCCCAGGUGAACCUGGCUAUGGCAAAGAUGGGGUACCAGGCGCACAAGGCCCUCAAGGUGAAGCAGGUGUGCCUGGACUUAUGGGGCCCGCAGGUCCUCCGGGAGCCAAUGGACAAUGUGACCCAUCUCAGUGUGCUUACUAUGCAAGCCUGGCUGCCCGACCCAGUAAUGUAAAGGGGCCUUAAACCCAACUGUGGACCUCUUAUGGACCUUCUGAAAACUUGAAUGAAACACAGAAGUCGUCAGGAGACCUAACUGUUUUGCUUUUGUUUCUUUACAAGAGGCCUUUUAGACUAUUAAAACCAUCCAAUGCUGCCGGUCGGUCAA